AUGACGGGAGAAAUUAUAGCUUUACAGAACGUUUUUAUUCAUAAUAAUAAAGAAAAAAGAAAAAAAAAAAACUCCAUGAACAAAAAGGAAAAAUGGGUAUUUGUUGAUAUCACGAAAGUUUGCCACGUGAAACAAUGCCUGUAUGAUGGAAAACACGAAAUUGAAAGGCGAUUAUUUACUUCACAAUGUCAAUGUUGA